AUGGCCGAGCCUCUCCCCGCUGCGCUCAAGAUCCCUGAGAUCAGCCGCUUCAUCAACCGUGCGAACCAGCUCCGCGCCGUCAAGCCCGCCAUUGCCUACUGGUGCGAGUACCACGCCGUCAACCAGAUUGUCGGCAAGACUCUGCAUAAUACCGACGACGACUGCUUCAACUUCACGCGGACGCUGCUGGAGCGCCUCGAGACGACAAAGACCGAGCGCGCAGACGACGAUGCCAUCACCGACAACACGGCGGGGCAAGCAUACGUGGAAAUGUUUGCCCAGGAGACGUUUGACCGCGCAGAGAGAACCAUGCGCGCCAACAAGGUGACAAGGCAAACCGCCGACACGUUUGACGCUGCCGCCACCUUUUUCGAUCUCACCCGAGAAUGGGGCAUGCCAGAUGCAGAGACACUGCAGAAGAUCAAAUUUGCCAAGUGGAACGCUGCGCGCAUUCUCAAGGCCAUUCGCCAGGGUGAGGAUCCCAACGAGUCCAAUCCGAAGGCCCCCGAGCCCGAACUCGAGGACCCGGCCGAGGUCGAGCUCGAUCCCACGGCCAACGACAUAUUGAAUCCACCGCCGCCGGUGCCGCCAGUCUCGUUGGAAGAGGUUCCUGAUGCGGGUGGCUUUCCGCCAGCAGCACCGCCCGUGAAGACACCGGAGCCGCCGUUUGUUCCAUCUCCCAUCAACUCGCCGCCGCCGCAAGCAGCAUCGAACCUACAGCCGACACCCCCUGCCGCGCCGCCCUCGUCACGGCCGCCGGUGCCUCGCCAGUCCUCACCUCAGAUACCGACCAAGAUAACUCCCGACAUCAUAUCUCCGCCCGAGUUCCUACCCCAGCAGCCGAGGGAAGCAUCUACACCCGUUCUUCCUCCUCCGGCGGCCUCCGUGCCAGCUUCUGGCCCGUCAACAAACCCAGCACAUGCACCGGCGACAAAUAUACACCACAAGGAUCUCAACCAAGCCCAGAAGCACGCAAAAUGGGCCAUCUCGGCUCUGAAUUUUGAUGACGUGCCGACGGCGGUGAAAGAACUGCGGAAUGCACUAGCCAUGCUGGGUGCUCAGUAG